AUGCUCCCGCCCACUGCGGCGCCUGUUGCGGCGCGUACUGCCGCAUCAACCACGUGCACCGGUGCAGCCGAAGUCGCCUCCCUGCCUCCGCCAACCAAAGACCACGUGGACGCCACGUGGCUGAGCGCCGCGCUGGGCCUCCCGGCUACAGCCGUCGCGUCAGUGGCCGUGCGGCCAUUCGCCGGCGGCUUCUCCCCGAUCGUCAAAGCGCGCCUCGACGUCACCUACACCGAUGCUUCGCGCGUUCCCCAUGGCGCGGAUCCCGGCGCGAAUUCCGGCGACUCAUCAAAUCCGGCCAGGUCACUCUUCAUGAAGCUUCUCCCGCCGCCGCCGGACACGUCAGCAGGGGCGACGGCGCAGCAGCACCAGCUAGGCGACGCGAUACUCGCGAUGGUGAAGCAGGCGCAUCGGGUGGAGGCCGCGUUCUACACGCUCGCCAUGGCGCCGCGCUCGCGCCACGUGGCCGCGGUGGUUCCGCGCGCGUAUCACGCAAAUCCCGACCAAGCCAUCCUGCUCGAGGAUGUGAGCUGCUGCCCUACUCUCACCCCUACUGCUACUGUUAAUGAGCCCGAAGCGGCUGCGGAAACAGGGCACGAGGGGGUGCACGGGGCGGGGUAUGAGGUGCUGUCAGCGUGGUCCAUGGAGCUGACCGAAGGCCCAGAUGUGGCGCGCGCUGCGCUGCUCGCUACUGUCCACGCGCUCGCUGUGCUGCACACAGCUGAUUUUAGCCUUUCUGCUGCCGCUGCUGCUGGUGGUAGUGCUGGGGAUAGCGGUAGUGCUAGCACUGAUGGUCCAGGUGGAGGGGAGGUUUCCGGGACUGUGAAUCAGCAGCUGCUGACGUGGAACGAGCUGAUUGACUCCCGCGCCGCGCGGGUGAUGAUCCCAGUGGAGCACAGCGCCGACAAGCUCGCCGCCCUCAUGCUCCAGUUCGUCACCCGGUUCUGCCCGCAGGAUGCCGAACCAGGGACCCCGCUGCACGCGCUGUGUGCCGCAAGCGCGCGGGUAGGGUAUGCAGGGCUGAUGCGCGCAAUCACACUCCCCCCUGCUGUGCCCGCUGUGCUCCCCCAUGCGGCUCACUCCUCUGAUCGCAGUGAUAUCAGCAAGGUUUCUCGUACUGGUUCGGGUUCUAGUACUGGUUCUGGUUCUGGUUCUGGUUCUGGUACUGGUAUCAGCAGCCUGAGGGGGAUUCUUCACGGGGAUCCGAACCCUGGGAACGUGCUGUACCACAAGGGGAGGAACGAGGCUCUGCUGAUAGACUUUCAGGACACGGCUGCGGGUGCGCCGGGCGUUGUGGACCUGGCCCGGCUGCUGCUGUCCUCCCUGCAGCCGGGAUCGCGUGUUAGGCUGGAAGAGGAGAGAGAUCUGCUGCUGGCGAUGCUGGGUGAUGCGAUGAUGAUCAUGGCGUCUGUGGGGUUCACACUGGAGGCGAGGGGCCCUGCGCUGCUGUACGCGCUGGGAGAGAGGAGCAUCAUGUGCGUGCGCGACCACUGCAAGGAGAUGCUUGCGGCUGUGCAGGAGGUGGAGGUGUCAGUGGGAGGAGGGAGUGGUAAUUGA